UUUCUUAUCGACACUUUCAGACAUAUUUUCCCGGUAUAUUUCGCGUUUCCCGCUUUACAUAUGUCCCCUUUGUUAUUUGUGCUCGUGUGCUCUCAGCGUGCUUGGUGUCAGAAUUGAAAUUUUGCACGGCUUUCUCGACUUGCAGAUUUCAAGAGAUUUAAUAGAACGAUGCCACAAGAAAUGAAUGUUUUGUGUUGUUAUUCCUGUAAAAUGUUUCAAGUACAUAUAGUUAAAAAAGCACGCAAAUGGCAGUGCAAGUUGUGUAAUGCAAAACAGUCUGUACAACAGAUAUAUUUGCAAGGAUCUGGCCGCGAUUGCCGUCUGUAUGUCCAACAAUUGAAUUCUUUAAAAGCAAAUGACAUAGCUUCUCUAAUCGCUGAGCGAAAUAAUACCAGUGAUAAUUAUAGCGCAUCUGCAAGCAUUUCUCAUGAAUCCAACAAUGAUAAAGCUGCUGAGAGUAAAUGGGCAAAAUAUCUAGAUUCAUCAGAAAAAGAAAAUUUAUUUCAUGCACAGGAUUUGGCUUCUUGCAACAUUCAGGAAGCUGAAGAUGAAAUGCCAAGAAAAACAUCUCCAUGUGACGAUGUAAAUAAUGAUUCUAACUUUGAAAACGUACUAGAUGAUUCCAGUUCUGAAACUGAAAAUAUUACUGAUAACUAUGAGACCAAAAAUUUACAGUCUACAAAUUGUGAUCAUAAUUCUGAUCCUGAUAAGUGUAAUUUGCAAGUGAACAGUAAAUUUAGUAAGGAGUUUAGUGAUGUUACUAAUAUCUUUGAAACUAAUGAGGAACUAGAUGAGCCUCUUGAUUUUUAAUUUUUAAGUGAUUUUUGAUGAUACUUUAUAAUUUAAUAAGAAAGCAACAGGUUCUUACCUUUCUUUGCGUGUAAUUAAACAAUUAUUGUAUUUGUGUGUAAUUAAACAAAUAUAUAAGUUAAUUUUUCUGAAAA